AUGACUGUGCGUGGCUCGACGCACAUGUCGCAAUCGGACUUUGCGGUCCUGUUCCCAAAAUGGAUGGACUUGUUUAUCAAGACUCUCAUCCACCCGCAGCGGGGAAUAUACCUCACCGUAGCUCCAACCCUGGAGUUCCUCAAGAUCGUCCUCCCCCAGGCCCAGACCUUGUCCUACGACACCAGUAAUUGGGUGGACGAAGGCCUCCUCAGGAAGUCGCAGCCGGAUUUCGAAAUCUCGGUGGAGCACACCGGCCGGACGAGAGGUGGACGGCCAGCCCGGCUCAAGAUCGAUAAUGAGUUCCAGACAUGGGGGCCGGGCGACGAGGUGUGGAUGCACAUGUGCCCCAGGAAGGAGGACGUAGACAAGCGCCUGGAGCACCGGGACGGCCGGGAGAUAGAGCGGACUGGUGGUGAGCACGAGCAAUGGCCGCGGCCUACCGCGCGGUGA